CGGAGGGUCCCUCUCGGCGGGGGAGAAGGCGGAGCGGGAGGAGGUGAAAAACAGAGGCCUCUAAGUAGCUCGGUGCAGUUAGGUACUUCCUUCCUGGGUAGGCAAGAGAGAGAGGAACCUUCCCUCUGGAGAGCCCGGCAGGCAGCGAGCCUCAUCCUCCCCUUAAUUUAAGGGCAUUUGUAAGCGCUGACAGCAGCCAGGGGUGUUCGCUUUUGCGAUACACAGGCAGGACUGAGAAGAUUUUGUUCCCUAUAGGACCCAGAGUGGCUUGGAUUUGUCAGAGGGAAAUGCUGCAGCAUGGAUCCACCGCCUAGAGAGAAGGGAUCGCACCUCCUCGGAACCGCUCGCUGAGCCAGCCCGACAGCAGCCGUCCGGCGAGCAGCCUGCACAGGGGACUGACACCGGGAGCAGCCCAGCACCGCCGCUCCACCGACCGGCUCUGGCGGGAUGCGCUCGCCGCCGCUUUCAUGCCAGAAAGGGAGACUCUGAAUCGCCGCUCCGUGCCCUGCGAGCCUCUCGGGCAAAGACCCCGGGCAGCGGCGGGGCCCCGUGGCGUAGCCCGCUCCGGAGCCACCCACGUGUCACCCUCCGGCGGUCGCCGGUGAAGGCGCCCGCUCCAGCCGGUGGUGCGGGGGAGCAUCCCUGAGCCUUUCGCCGCAGAAGGCAGCGGCGCUCACCGGGGCGGCGGCGGGUCCCGCCCGGCGGCCGCGAUCCGGUGCCCCAUGGUGCUGCUGCGGAAGCUGCCGGGCAUGCCGGGCUGGCCGGCGGCGCUGGGGCUGCGGCUGCCGCAGAAGUUCCUAUUCCUGCUCUUCCUCUCGGGCCUGCUCACGCUGUGUUUCGGGGCCCUCUUCCUCCUGCCCGAUUCCUCCCGCUUCAAGCGCCUGUUCCUGCCCCGCCGGGCCACCGCCUCUGCCUCCUCCUCCUCUUCUUCCUCCGCCUCCUCCUCCUCCGCCUCCUCCACCCGCGACACCGACCUGCCCCGCAGCCCCCCUGCCGCCGCUGAACCCCGCCACGCCAGCCCCGCCGCCCCCCGCCGUCUCCGGGAGAAGCUCCGCACCGCCGCCCGCAUGGCCGGCCCGCCGGCCCAAACCGCGCCGGGCUCUCGGCAGCAGGUGCAGGGCGGCGAGCGGCGAGCCCAGCCCGCCACCGGGGACCCCCCCGCCGCCGCCCGGCAGACGCGAGCUCCGUUCCGCUUUGACUACGAGCGGUUCCGCCGGAGCCUCCGCCACCCGGUUCGGGGCAGCCGGCCCGAAGAGGAUCCCGAGACCCGCGCCCGCAGGCUGAAGAUUAAAGAGAUGAUGAAAUUUGCUUGGGAUAACUACAAACAAUAUGCACUGGGGAAAAAUGAGCUGCGACCACUGACCAAGAAUGGCCACAUUGGGAACAUGUUUGGAGGCCUCAGAGGAGCUACAGUGGUGGAUGCCCUGGAUACUCUGUACAUCAUGGAACUGGAGGAGGAAUUCCAAGAAGCAAAGAACUGGGUGGAGAAGAGCUUUGACUUGAACGUGAACGGGGAAGCAUCCUUGUUUGAGGUGAACAUCCGCUACGUUGGAGGACUGUUGGCUGCUUACUACUUAACUGGAGAAGAGGUGUUCAAGAGUAAAGCUCUGGAACUUGGAGAGAAACUUUUGCCAGCUUUUAACACCCCCACGGGUAUCCCACGCGGCGUCAUAAAUCUGGGCAGUGGCAUGAGUUGGAGCUGGGGUUGGGCAUCUGCUGGAAGCAGCAUCUUAGCAGAAUUUGGUACCUUGCACUUGGAAUUCCUGCACCUCUCGGAGCUCUCUGGCAACCCAGUGUUUGCAGAAAAGGUGAUGAACAUCCGCAGAGUCCUCAACAGAGUGGAGAAGCCACAGGGCCUUUAUCCCAACUUUCUCAGCCCGGUGACGGGGAACUGGGUGCAGCACCACGUCUCCAUUGGGGGGCUUGGGGACAGCUUUUAUGAAUAUCUCAUCAAAUCUUGGCUGAUGUCAGACAAGAAAGACUCUGAAGCUAAAAAGAUGUAUGAUGAUGCACUAGAGGCAAUAGAAAAGCAUUUGGUCAAAAAGUCUGCUGGAGGACUGACCUACAUUGCUGAAUGGAGGGGUGGCAUCCCUGACCACAAGAUGGGCCACUUGGCUUGCUUCUCUGGGGGCAUGAUAGCCCUUGGAGCUGAACAUGCUGGAGAAGAGAGGAGGAAACAUUACAUGGAUCUUGCUGCAGAAAUAACAAACACGUGUCACGAGUCCUACGAACGCUCAGAUACCAAACUUGGCCCUGAAGCCUUUCGCUUUGAUGCUGGAACUGAAGCCAUGGCAACCAGACUCAGCGAGCGCUACUAUAUCCUCCGUCCUGAGGUGGUGGAAAGUUACAUGUACAUGUGGAGGCUGACACACGACCCCAAGUACAGGCAGUGGGGCUGGGAGGUUGUGAAGGCCCUGGAAAAACAUUGUAGAGUAGAAGCUGGGUUUUCUGGCAUCCGAGAUGUUUACACCACAACCCCAACCCAUGACAACAUGCAACAGAGUUUUUUCCUUGCAGAGACUCUGAAGUACCUCUAUCUUCUGUUCUGUGAAGAUGAUGUGCUCUCCCUGGAUGACUGGGUGUUCAACACAGAGGCUCACCCCCUGCCCAUCAACCACACGAACUUUAAAGCAAAUGUGCAGUAGUGGGGCCACAGCCCAGCACCCUGCUCUGCACCACCACCAGGUUCCUGUGUUUCCUUUCCAUUAAAGGAAUUUGUGUUGUUCCUAAAAUGGUAUUUUUGGGGCACUAGUCCAAUUCCGGACAAUGUUAUAUUGGGGAGAUGAAACUAUGACAUGAAGCACCUUCUUUUCCUCUGUGAGGAGCUUUAUUAGGCUGAUAAUGAGACGUUUAUUCUGGGCCAUACUGUACACAGUUCAUAGACAUUCCUUUAUACAGAGAAUUUAUAUGAAAUCCACUGACUUUGCUUUAUAGUGGCCAAAGGACUGGAAGUUUGCCAUAAAAUAGUCUUCACCUACACAAAUCACCCUCCUUGAGUUUUUCUGGUUUGGUUUUGCCUUUUCUAUCUUGGAUUUAUCACCUUUCUAAUUCACAGUUUCCAAUCCACUGUGCUUUCCAGGUGGUAGGGUUUCUAGGCUCUUUAGGAAGGGAUAGGAGAACAAGGAAUUGGGGUUGGGUUGUUCUUUGGGUGCAAGAGCAGCUGGAGUCUGUGGAGUUCUGCUGGGGGAUGGAUGAGGAGCUGCCUGAGAACUCGUGGGUUAGGAUUGAAGAGAGGACAGGUAAAGGGGUUACCUGUCUGGGUGGGUGUCUGCUACAGGCCACAAGUAGAUCAGACCCUCUACAAACAUCUACAAGCAGCCUCAGGUUUCAGUUUGCAGGCCCUGCUCUUCAUGGGGGACUUCAGCCACCCAAAUACCUGCUAGAGGGACAACAUAGCAGGAGUAAGGAACUCCUGAAAGUUCCUUGAGUGGAUUGAUGAGAACUCCCUCCUCCAAGUGACAGAGGGACCAGCAAAGAGGCUCUGCUGGACCUCAUCCUCACCAACAAGCAGGAGCUCCUUGGGAUGUGAACAUCAAAGGCAGUUUUAGUUGCAGUGACCACGAGAUGGUGGAGUUCAGGAUCCUGAGGGCAGGAAGGAGACUGAAAAGCAAGCUCACAACCCUGGAAUUCAGGUGAGCAGUCUUGGGCCUCUUCAAAGAUUUCCUUGGAAAAGUCCCAUGGGAUAAGACCCUGGAGGAAAGAGAGGGUUGAGGCAACCAAUUAUUAUUCAAGAAUCAUGUUCUCCAAAGGAGUUCCACUGCAAUGUGCAGGAAGUCAGGCAAAAAUACCAUGAAGCCUGUGUGGAUGAACUGAGAACAUGAAUGGUCUGGAUGGUGGGGCACAGUGUGAUGUCACAAAAUUAGGGAUGCUGUCUGAUACACCAGAAGCUCAUCCUGCCAUCCAGAGGGACCUCAACAGGCUGGAGAAGUGAGCUGAUAAGAACCUAAUGAAGUUCCAACAAGCAGAAGUGCAAAAUCCUGCACCUGGGAGGGAACAACCAUGGGUGAGUGAGUGUGGCCACCUCUGUAGUGCUGUGUCCAGUUCCAGGACAAGAGAGAGGUGGAAAUAAUGGAGAGAGUCCAAUGAAGGGUCACAAAGAUCAUUAAGGAGCUGCACUUUCCUCUGAGGAAAAGCUGAGAGCUGGGAUAGUUCAGCCUGGAGAAGAAAAGGCUCAGAGGGGGAUCUUAUUAAUGUGUUUAAAUACCUGCAGGGAGGUUCAAAGAGGACAGAGCAGAGACCAGAGGCAGUGGGCACAAACUGAAACACAGAAGGGUCCCUCUGAACAUGAGGAAACAUUUUUUUUUUUUCUUUUCACUCUGGGGGUGGCCAAACAUUGGCACAAGUUGCCCAGGAAGGUUGUGGAAUCUCCAUCCUUGAAAAUAUUGAAAAGCCAUCUGGAAAUGGCCCUGGGCAACUGGCUCUGGGUGGCCCUGCUUCGGGGGAGUUGAGCAGAUAAUCUCUGGAUGUUCCUGCCAGUUCCAACCAUUCUGUGAUUCUGUGAGUGUGGUGUCAAAAUUGUAACUAAAUCAAAACCUGUCUGCAAAAUUCUUGAUCCUAAUGUAUUUUUGUAUACUUUUUUCUGUGCUCUUAAAACACAUUUACCACACAUCACAUCUCAUUUAACUUUCUUUUAUAGUUUUUGUGGUUUUCUACUUUUAUUUGGAACUCACUUGUAGUAAUUUCACUGCUGUAAUAGUCAAAUCUGUGAAACAGAAUAAAAGUCUUGUAAA